AUGGUGGACUAUUACAGAGUCCUCGAGGUGCCAAAAACUGCGAGCGGUACAGACAUAAAAAAGGCUUAUAGAAAAUUGGCUUUGAAAUGGCACCCCGACAAGAAUCCUGAAAAUAUGGAAGAGGCUACAAAAAAAUUCAAAGAAAUUUCAGAGGCGUACGAAGUAUUAUCAGAUGAUUCGAAAAGAAAAAUCUAUGAUACCCGAAGCAGCAGAAGUAGUUCGGCGAAAUCGAGAUCGUACCGCAGCCAUUAUUUUGACAGUUUCAAUCCUUUCUCUCAGAAAUAUUUCGAGAAAAAGAGGCGCAUGUACGACCAAUACGGCAAGGAUGGUUUGAUGAACGGCAACAGCCGCGCCAGGAGCCGGUACGAGGACGAUCUAGACUUCGGCGGUUUCGGAUUCUUCUCCUUCAGGGACCCCGAAGACGUUUUCAGAGAAUUCUUCGGCGCUUCGGUAUUCGAUUUGUUAGACCCCCAAUUGGGAAGGGAUUCGAGGAGACGGAACAGACACUCGCAUCCGCAGAACGCCCUCAGCAGCGCUUCGUUAUUCGCGCCGUUCAGCUUCGGCUUCGGCGGCGAUCUGAUGGACGAUUUCUUCAACACCGGUCCGCACUCGACCGGAUUUACCUCUUUUAGUUCAAUAAAUACUUCGUUUAACGGAUCUCCCGGCAACCCUAACGUCAAGAGAACGUCCUCUUCGACGAAAUUCGUCAACGGCAAGAAGAUAACGACUAAAAAGAUCUACGAGAACGGCAAGGAGACAGUAUUGUCAUACGAAAACGACGUUCUGAAAUCAAAGACUGUGAACGGGGUGGCGCAGAGUAUAACAUACAGUUAA